UUUGCACAAGCACAACACUAAAAAUCUUAAUUUCAAUUUACUUUAUGAAAAGGAAAUAACUUGAAUCAUCCUUAUAAUUUUGAACUUAUUAUAUAUUUUUUUAGAUCUUGUGUUUAAUUCUUUGUUUAAAAGUAAUUAUUACAAAGAUUAAAAUAUCAUUGUAUUUGUGUAACAAUAUUAGGUCAAAUAAACUUUUCAGUUGUCAAAAUGUAUCAAAUAGGACUUGAAGACAUUAAAGUAAAACGAGUUAAGGGAGAACCAAUUACAGAUGCAUUAGAUCCUCAUUCUUGUUUUUCUAAUGAAAUGACACUAUCAGUUUAUACUUGGAUGAAAAUGUAUAUAAUGUGUGGUAGUAAUCCAGAAGAUAGAGACGAAAUGAGAGAUGUAUCAAUAGCUAUUGCAAAAACUUUUCGUGAUGAUCCAGUACACAUUAGUGAACAUGGAACUUUCUCAAAAAAGUUUCAAGAAUCUGCUCCUUACCAUUACUUUCUUAGUACUGUGGACCCAUCUAAAAAAACACACCAACAACCUUUAUCAGUUCACUUUCAUGAAAUAAUUGAUUACACUGAAGGUAUCAUAGUAGAGAGUUUUCACAUUAACUUCAUGGUUGAAAUAUCAUGGAUCUUGAAUGAAUAUAUGCUUGCUUGUCAAGAUCCAAAAAUGACUAUUCUCUAUGGCACAUUAGUAGAUGCAAAAUUUAUGUAUGAUAUUCCUUUUGAUGUUGAAUUGCAACAAUGUAAAAUGCCUGAGUUUGGUUGUCAUCACUCAAAAAUAUCAAUUUUAAAAUAUGAUGAUAACAGCGUGAGAAUUAUUAUUUCAUCAGCCAAUUUAUAUGCUCAGGAUUGGCAUGGCAGAACUCAAGGUUUAUGGAUAUCACCACGGUUGCCUUAUCUUCCUGCAUCUGCUGAAGAUUCAGAAGGAGAAUCCACAACAAAUUUUAAACAUGAUAUUAUUCAAUAUCUUAGCUGUUACUCUGAACCACAAGUAUUUGGGUGGAUUUCUUUGUUGUAUAGAAUUGAUUUUUCAGCUGUAAAUGUAUUUUUCAUUGGAUCUGUGCCUGGAUAUCAUGAAGGACCAAAUUUAAAUUUGUGGGGUCAUUUGAAGUUGAAGAAGAUAUUAUCAGAGCAUGUGAUUUUACCAGAAAACUCAAAAGAUUGGACUGCGAUUGCUCAGAGCUCAGCUGUUGGAGUUUAUGGAUCGUAUUAUCAAAGGUGGUUAAAAUCGCACAUAGUCCAACCUAUGUCACAAGGAAAACUGAAUUUACCCAGAACCCCACCUUUUAAAUUCAUUUAUCCAACGCAAAGAAGUUAUAAUAACAGUUUUGAUUCUAAACUUGGAGUUACUUGCCUAAUGUACAAUAAAGAUUCCCACAUGAAUCAAAAAUGGAUUAAAGACUACUUAUGCGAUUGGAAAUCAGAUUCUACAAAUAGAACAAAAGCAAUGCCGCACAUAAAAUGUUAUACAAGGCUUUCGCCGGAUGAGUCUGAAGUAUUGUAUUUUUUGUCAACCAGUGCUAAUCUCAGUAAAGGUGCAUGGGGUAAAAUGUUAAGAAAGGAUACAAUUCAAUAUUUAGCUAACUACGAAGCUGGAGUUCUUUUCAUACCACAAAUUAUGAUUCAACGCUCCACUUUCCCGGUAACGGAAUCGGCGUUCACGGAAGCGCCGAUUUUCAAAUUACCCUUCGACCUUCCUCUGACGCCGUACCAGACCGACGACGAGCCCUUCGUCAUAAUCCGGUGCCAGGACGCAAGGUUGGCCGUAGAGAUAGAUCAUCACAUUUACGAGAAACAUCCCACAGCUAUAAAUAUCUUUAUGGGCAAAGUGCCCUCUUGUAGGGAGUAUCACCGAAACGAUUUCGACGACAUCGAUUACGACGACGACGAGGAUCACGACGACGAUUCGUCGCUGGACGACAGUCACGAGUGCGAUUACGAUCUGGAGGAAAUCGACAGAAAAUUCUGCGAGGCGUUCGAGUGUUGAAAAAAUUCAACGUACGAAGCCGAUUGAUGAAUCGGAAACGAGAUUAUGUAAAUAUGUUUUGCAUACUUUAUAAUAUCGAAACUGAAUCGAUACAAUCGUUAGUAUAGUUUGAAACUGUUAUCUAUCGAACCGGUGCUCUCCCGCAUUAUGAAAAAUUGCUUUUUUUAUAAUUAUUAUAUUAAUUUUUUUUGUACAAAAUACUUGAA